AACAUAUGUGCGGCUGCGCUUCGUUGUGAUUUGUUUAAUAUUUAGGUCAAUUCAGGUGUUAGGGAGAGAGAUUCGUCGUCUUGUUGGUGGGAAGAGAAGAGGAGAUGGGGAAGCAGCCGGUGAAGUUGAAGGCGGUGGUAUACGCGCUAUCGCCGUUUCAGCAGAAGAUAAUGACCGGACUCUGGAAGGAUCUCCCGGAGAAGAUCCACCACAAGGUCUCGGAGAAUUGGAUCAGCGCCACUCUCCUCCUCACUCCUGUCCUCGGUACCUACUGGUAUGCUCAGCACUUCCAGGAACAGGAGAAACUCGAGCACAGGUUCUAAGCCAAUCAAGUUUGGAAGCCAGUUUUCGUUAUAGAAUCUCUUCCGAGUUAGUGAUUUUUGUCUGAAACUCUUUAUUGCCAAAAUAAAUGUUUUGAUUUUUAUGACAAUCACUAUUGGGUUGGUGUGCAUCUUUCUUGAUGUGAUAUCGAAUUUUGAAUGGAAUCGUAUUCUCUUAUGUUC